AUGGCUCGUACUAAGCAAACCGCCCGCAAGUCUACUGGAGGCAAGGCCCCUCGUAAGCAGCUCGCUACCAAGGCUGCAAGGAAGACCGCGACUGCCGCGGCCACCGGUGGUGUCAAGAAGCCCCACAGGUUCCGGCCUGGUACCGUCGCCCUCCGUGAAAUCCGGAGGUACCAGAAGUCUACCGAGCUGCUCAUCAGGAAGCUCCCCUUCCAGCGGCUCGUGCGUGAAAUCGCUCAGGACUUCAAGACCGACUUGCGCUUCCAGUCCUCCGCCGUGAUGGCUCUUCAGGAAGCUGCUGAGGCCUACCUCGUCUCCCUCUUUGAGGACACUAACUUGGCUGCUAUCCACGCUAAGCGUGUCACCAUCCAGCCCAAGGAUUUGGCCUUGGCCAGGCGUCUCCGCGGCGAGCGCUCUUAAGCAACUACGGCUCUCGUCAGUCUUUUCUUCUUUCCUCGUUAUGUUUAUAAACGUUGUCUGGUCAUGUACCAUGUAUUAUGAGACUCGGUGAGAUACGUUCGAACCCUAUAAUGUGUGUGUAAACCCCAUGCUAUCCAAUUUUUCAUGAGAGGUGUGAUAUGC